CUUACUUGUUACUCAUUUUAAACGCAACACUAUUUUGCUUGUUCAAUCCAACCAUCGACAAUAUSAUCCUACGAGGCACCUACCUACCAGAGAUACCUGAAUCGUCGGAGGCUUACGAACAUAGCGAAUACAACCUACUUAGUCGAAGCAAGGAAGAAUUGAUCAACCAUGGCAGGUACGACGAUUGGAAACAAUGACUGCCUUGCGUCGGAAUAAUUGUGGAACCCCUAAGGACUGAUGACGGCAAUCGGCAUCGCUAAGUGGGAUCUCAUUGCGCUCUGUUCUCACGCUUUCUGUAUCCACACGACUUAUUUUUUGUAUUGACUGUGUUGYGUCGUUGGUCCUGGGUAUUUUAACAAACCGAUUUAUUUGACAAUGAUAGGCAAAGCAUCAGCUGUAGCAAACGCUCUCAAGAAGGGUAUCUCGAAGAAGGGGACUCGCAUUCACACCAGUGUUCACUUCUACAAGCCCAAGACAUUGAAGGCUACCAGAAAGCCUAAGUAUGAACGAAAGAGCACCCCAAAGAAGACCGGACUCGACACAUUUUCYGUGAUCAAGUACCCUCUCACCACCGAGUCUUCGAUGAAGUUGAUUGAAGAUAGCAACACACUUGUUUUUAUCGUCGAUAUCAAGGCCAACAAGCGUCAAAUCAAGGCCGCCGUGCGAGAACUUUACAACAUUGAAUGCGAGAAGGUAAACACCCUCAUCACUCCCCGAGGCUUGAAGAAGAGCUAUGUCAGACUGAGCAAAGAUUACGAUGCCUUGGAUGUUGCAAACAGAGUUGGAGUCAUCUAAAAUCGUCUAAACAAUUUCUAGAAUAAAGAGACGUUGUCAUCACCCCCGAAUAAAAUUAUUCGAUCCAU